AAAUCAAGAAAUUUUUUACUCGAAUGUUUUGAAAAACGUAAACAAAAAAAAAUAUCGCGGUUCGGAAAGCGAAAACUUUUCCCAAAUUUUCACUUAAAAUAUGAACAAGUUCCCUCUAACGUUUGCAAUAAUAAAGCCUCACGUUGUUAGUAAUCCGGUGGCAUUUCAACAAAUGCAGGACAUCAUCACAGACAAUCAAUUUGAAAUCGUUCGGAGGAAGCAGAUAAAAAUGACUAAACCGCUGCUGGAGGAGUUUUACGGAGAACAUAGGGGCAAAUUCUUUUACAAUCGGCUUAUUACAUUCAUGACAAGUGGUGAAAUUCAGGCCCUAAUUCUACACAAAUGCGAUGCAAUAACAUCCUGGAGAAAUUUAAUGGGACCGACCAAAGUAUUCAAAACGAUAUAUUCACAUCCGGACAGUAUACGGGGUCAGUUUGGAUUGACAGAUACGCGCAAUGCCUGCCACGGCUCCGAUUCUAUUGAGUCAGUGGAAAAAGAAAUUAAAAUUUUCUUUCCCGAGUUUAACGUGCAGGAUUGGUGUCGAAAGGUGCCCGAUUGUAAGUAGAAUGUAAAUGUAAAUUGUUCAGAGAAUUAUAGAGAAAAUAUUUUUUGUUGUAG